CGGGCCGCGCAGCGUCGCGUCGCGCUCCGCUCUGCUCCACUCUCCCUGACAAUAGCCCGCUCGGCUCCGGGGAGGCUCCAGGCCUGGGCAUGGAGGCCGAGGAGCUGGGCAGGGCAGGUAUUUGGUUCAAGGUUAGAGGCCUGAUGACAAAACUGUGGGCUGUCCUAGGAUAAAUCUGAUUUACGGUAGAAUUCUUCAAUAUUCAUUCAAUAAUAGAGAAUGAUGCCUCCCCAUCGCAAAGGUGAUAUUACUCACAUCUUCAGCAAGUUCAAGCUUUUUAUACAUUUUCGUUCCAUCCAAUGAUGACUGCAGUGCCCAACAUGGAAAUCAUGACUGAGCAGCCAACUCUAGAGGGCAUUCCAGAGCCAAACUUGGCUCAGGAACCUACUAAAGAAGUUGCAAAAGGAGGAAGGAAAAGAAAAGCCAAAGCAACUGAGCCAAAGCAACCCAAAAAACCUGCUGCUAAAAAAGAAAAAUCAACCAAGUCAAAAGGCAAACAAGAAAAGAUCACAGAUACUUUUAAAGUCAAAAGAAAAGUGGACCGUUUUAAUGGUGUAUCUGAAGCGGAACUUCUUACCAAGACUUUACCUGAUAUUUUGACCUUUGAUCUGGACAUUGUAAUAAUUGGCAUAAACCCUGGCUUGAUGGCAGCUUACAAAGGACAUCAUUAUCCUGGACCUGGAAACCAUUUUUGGAAGUGUCUCUUCAUGUCUGGUCUAAGCAGUGAACAGCUGAACCAUACAGAUGACCACACUUUACCACAUAAAUAUGGAAUUGGAUUUACAAACAUGGUAGAAAGGACAACACCUGGAAGCAAAGACCUUUCCAGCAAAGAGUUUCGGGAAGGAGGGCGAAUUCUGAUGCAGAAAUUGCAAAAGUAUAAACCUCGUAUAGCAGCUUUUAAUGGAAAAUGUAUUUAUGAAAUUUUCAGUAAAGAAGUUUUUGGAAUAAAAGUUAAAAAUUUUGAAUUUGGAUUGCAGCCACACAAGGUGCCAGAUACAGAAACUCUCUGCUAUGUUAUGCCAUCAUCCAGUGCAAGAUGUGCUCAGUUUCCUCGUGCACAAGAUAAAGUUCAUUAUUACAUAAAGCUGAAAGACUUAAGGGAUCAACUGAAAGGCAUUGCACCAAACACAGAGGUGCAAGAGGUGCACUACACAUUUGACUUGCAGCUUGCACAAGAGGAUGCUAAAAAAAUGGCCGUCAAAGAAGAAAAAUAUGAUCCAGGUUAUGAAGCAGCAUAUGGAGGAGCUUACUGUGAUCGUGCAAUAUAUGAAAAUGAACAGUGCAAUUUCUCUUCAAAUGGAACUGGAGUAAGCAAUCCACAGUAUUGUGAGGGGUCAUCCUUUGGUGAAGUUCCUAAUGGACAAUGGAUGACACAGUCCUUUGCAGACCAGAUUCCAGAAUUCAAUACUGGGAUGACACAAGAACAGGAAGGAAGCAGUGCAUAAGUGCUGUUUCUUCUCAGCUAUGCAUAGAUGCUGCAGUUUUAAUGCAGUGGUCAAGAUUGGUACCUUGGUUCUCCCAACUGAAGCAUUUUAAUAGUAUUUUAUCUCCCCUAGCUAUUUUAUUAUAGUCAAAAAUAAUUGUGUGUGGUAGGCUCAAAUCAAUGAACUAGAUAAUUUUAAGAAACUGUCCAAUCUUUUUAAAAAACAAAAGUUAGCCCUUUUUUGUAUAUGAGUUUUACAUUUAAUGUAUAUCCUUUUUUUGCAGUUCUUGACAAAUUGCUUUCUCAUUUGUGAAGAUUACCUUGGGGCGUUAAUUUUAUUCUGUAAUUUUUAAUGUAGUAGUAACAGCAGUGGUAUACUUUUUACUGAUGCCUCAUAUAUUUGGAUAUCUCAUAAUCCUUUUAUAUCCAUAGAGGGGAGAAGGGGAUGUGUACCUUGAUUUUACAUGAAGUGAUGUUUUUAAUCAUGCAGAGUUAAACAAAUUGUGGUUUUAAGUCUGCCUGUUACCUUCUUAAAAAGUGCAGAAGGUUGUGUUUUGCAGCUGGGAGUGCUGAGUGUUUUAUGGACAGGAAUAGAGAGCUCUGUCUCUUUAGUGUCUGUACCAUAUCAGGACUAAGGGACUGGAGAAAACAUCUUCUCAAGUCACAAUGUUGGGGAGGAAAAUUUUAGGACCUGAAUAUUCUAGCUGAACUGUCUUAAGGUCAGGUCUCCCUACCACUCCAUCUCUUCCCCCUUAAAUUCCAGUGUAAGGAACUGAAAUUCUUUAAAAAAAAAACAGUGGUUCUUGAAUUCUGUGGCAUUUAAACUCUCAGCCUUUUUGAUGUGAUUAGUCUCUUCACCUGACCUACUGCUAGCAACACUGUUAGCAGGAGACAACCCCUUUGAACAAAUUAUACUACAGGGACUUGAAAGACCACAUUCUCUGUAAAAUUCAUGUACGUUAGUAACAUGUACAUUAGUCAUGUACGUGUAACAUCAGUUACAUUAUUUACAUCUGCAAUGUAAAUCAAGCAAAAAAUUGUAUAUCUUACAAUUAGCAUAGAGUGAAAGAAAAUUGCGAUUUAGCAAUUCUUAAUGUUCAUUCCUCUUCAAUCUGGAAGACUUCAGAGGGUGUUCUCCUUACUCCUCUUACAAGAAAAGAAAUAUUCAGUUAAAGGUAAGAGGAGCUGUUCCAUGAAUAAGAAGGCAACUGUGGAAACUACAGAUUUCUUUUUGAGGAACUUAUUUAAAAUAUACACUCUUUGAUGGUGUGGCCAGUAUGUGACUGAGAAAGAAGAGAUUCCAUGCUUGUGCCUAAUCAUCAUCAUCGUCUUUCCCUCUUUUAAUAUAUGAGGAAGAGAUGAAGUAAAAGCAAUAAGCUGAUCAAAACUUUAAAGUUUUGGUGAACUUAUGAGAGUAGGUGCUUCACAUACUUGAAAAAUAGAUACAAACAGUAUCUCCACAAUCCAUGCUGGUCAGAGAUUCCUGUACCAGUGUUUUUAUCCUUUCCUCACAGCCAUUGACAGUUGAAACACAUUGAGUGUAACUAGUUAGUGUAGAUUCUAAUCCUGCUGCAACAGCUGUCACUGAGAUCACACUGUCAACCUGUUGUGAGGCAGGUAUGAUGUUUACAGUUUUCUUCCCAAAUUAUGUGGCUUAAUUCUGAGCGUCUUAAAUCAAGGAAGUGUGCAUUAUGAUUCUGAUUGUGUUUAUUAGCUUCAGCAUAAAGCUGUUCAGUAUAUUGUCAAAAAGGUAUAGGAUUUGUCUUGUCUGUUAUUUAAAGUGUACUGUAUCAUGUAUCACUGUUUACAUGGACAUUUUCCUGCAGGUGCUCAAAGUAUCUUGUAUCAGGGAUUUGUUACAACUCAAUUUUAUUUUUCAACAAAGUUAGAAGCAUGUAAUUAGCACUGCUGAGUAGGUAACACAGUAGUAUACAACUGCUGUAAGGGUUUUUUUCAAUUUUGAAGGGAAAGGUCUCUUCUUUAAAAGAGACACCUACUAGGCUGUCUAAGUAUAAAAUAUAGUUAAGUGUACAAUGACAGUUUCACUAAAUAUUUUAGUUCUAUGUGUACUCUCUCAGAAUUGGUGCUCUUUUCAUUACAGUAAUGCAGAGAUUCUUAAUCUGUCUUAAAUCUACAACUGCUUGACAAUAAAAUUGGGAAUUGUA